AUGUGGCCGGGAGUUCGGCUGAUCGCCUCUCUGCUGUUGGUGCUGCAUAUAGCCGGCGGCGGCACGGCGGCGGCGGCGCCUGCUGCCCAGCUCGACGGCCGCCUGCUGGUGCGCUUCCGCACAGCGCUCAGCGCCGGGAGGAAGCUGACGACGGCGGCGCCGGCCCUGGACCUGCCCGCGGGCAUCGCAUUGCAGCGGGCCGCGGCCGGCAGCGGCGGCGAGCGGUCGUCUGGCGGCGCGAGCGGCGACGACGCGCUGGCCGCCGCCGCAUCAGGGGAGCUGAUGCUGGUGCGGGUCACCGACGGGCAGAGCGUGCAGAGCAAGCUGGCUGAGCUGCUGCGCCACCCAGGCGUGGAGCACGCAGAGGCGGCGGGCCCAGCCCGCCCUUGUGGCGCCCCCGGCGGCUCCCACCGCGUGCCCAGCGCCGUCAAGCUGGCAACGACGCAGGGGGCAGGGUCCGGGCCCGCGGGCCGCCGCGCCGCGCUCGAGGGCGGCCAGGUUGCCAGCGCCAGCGGUAGCGCCAGCGCCGGCAGCGGGAGCACCAGCGCCGGCAGCGAGAGCAGCGGGAGCAGCGCGCAGGCUGCACGGCGGCGGCUGGGCCAGGCCAGGCUGGAGCCUGACGACCCCAAGUUUAAUGCCAGCUGGCACCUGCCCCGCGUCCAGGCGCCGCAGGCCUGGGCCCUUGCCACGGGCUCCGCCGCGGUCAAGGUGUGCAUUGUGGACACAGGCGCCAGGAUGGACCACGCCGAUCUCAAGGCCAACCUGGAAGCUGCGCUGCGCUGCGCUGUGGUCGCCUGCAGGGGGUGCACCGGCGCCUGCCAGUGGCCCGACGACUUCCUGAGCCCAGGGCAGGCGGGGUACACUUCGUAUGCAGACUCCUCUGGGCACGGCACGAACGUUGCGGGGGUGGUGGGAGCGGUGGGCAACAACGGGCUGGGCGUCACGGGGAUAAACUGGCAGGUGGGCCUCGUCAUCUGCAAGGCCUCGGCCCCAGGCACAGGAGUGGUGCUGGCCAGCUCCGCAGUCGUCGACUGCUUCGACCUCUGCGCCAAGGAGCCUGGAGUGAAGGUGGUGGUGGCGGCCUUUGGCGGCCUCACCCGCUCCCAGCAGCAGGCCGACGCCGUCCAGCGGCUGGCGGACGCAGGCGUGCUGGUGGUGGCGGCGGCAGGCGACGAGGGCAAAGACGUCAGCUUCGACCCAGACCAGGCCCAGUACCCUUCCUACCUGUCCCGGGAGCUAGAUAACGUCAUCUCUGUGGCGGCCACCAAGGAGGACGACAGCCUCACACCCUGGUCCAACUACGGCAGCGACGCCGUGAUGAUCGGCGCGCCCGGCCAGUUCAUCUGGACCACACACAACAACGGUACCGCGGGAUAUGACAGCGUGUCCGGUACCGGCAUGGCCGCCGCGCUGGUGGGCGGCACCGCAGCCCUGCUGUGGUCAGAGCGGCCGGGCCUCAGCUAUGAUGUCGUCAAAGACGCCAUCCUGGGCUCUGUAGACCCCCAGGCCUCGCUGGACGGCAAGCUGAUGACGGCGGGCCGCCUGAACGUGGCGGCCGCGCUGGCAGCGGCCCAAGCCUACUCCGCGCCGCCGCCGGCCCCCCCAGCUCCCCCACCUUCCUAUGCUUACGAGUUCAACACCUUCACCAGCUUCGGGCUGGUGCAGGAGGCGGAGACGGGCCGCCUGCUGACCCGCCAGCAGAUGUUCAACCGCUCCGCCAGCUUCCUGUUCACCGAGUGCGCCGACAGGUGGGGGAGCCGGGCAGGCACUCAUGAGUCCUGA